AUGAAGAUGAUGAAAAAGAAGGAGAGGAGGAUGAGAAGAAGAGGAAUGCUGAUGAUGAUCAGCAUAAAUGAUGAUGAUGAUGAUGAUGAUGAUGAUGAUGAUGAUGAUUAUGAUGGUGAUGAUAAGGAUCACCAGAAUUAUAAUGAGACAAAGGAUGAUGAUGCUGAUGAUAAUGGUGAUGCUGGUCUUCAAGGAGAUGAAGACAAAGGAGGAGAUAAGGAUGCUGGUGUUCAUGGAGAUGGAGAGGAAGGUGGAAAUAAUGAGAAAGAACCAAAGGAAGAUGAUAAGAAGACUGGCAAUGCUGAUGAUGAUGGUGGUCUUCAAGGAGAUAAAGAGAAAGGAGGAAAUAAAGAGUUGGAUGCUGGGGUUCAUGCAGAUGGAGAGAAAGGAGGAAAUGUUGAGAAAGAACAACCAAAGGAAGAUGAUACGAAGACGAGGAAUGCUGAUGAUGAUCAACUUAAAGGGGCUAAGGAUAAGGAUAAGUGUAAGAUUUCUACACACGUCCCUACUCGCACCGCUGCUGGUGUUGAUCUUGUUGAUCUUCGUACUCCAACUCCUCCUCCUCCUCCUCCUGUUGUUGAAGCUGUUGAGAAUGUAUAUAAUAGAAAGUCUUGGAGAGUUGAUGUAACAGCCGGUAAAUAA